AUGGCCACAAACUCGAUCAAGCUCCUGACUGGUAACAGUCAUCCUGAACUUGCGAACCUCGUUGCUGCUCGGCUCGGCAUCGAGUUGACCAAGAUCAUGGUCCUGCAGUAUUCGAAUUCGGAAACAAGUGUCACAAUCGGUGAAAGUGUACGAGACGAGGAUGUGUUCAUCUUGCAGUCCACGAAACCCAACGAUAUCAAUGACGGAUUGAUGGAGCUUCUUAUCAUGAUUAACGCUUGCAAGACUGCCUCGGCACGUCGCAUCACGGCGGUCAUCCCCAACUUCCCAUACGCGCGCCAGGAUAAGAAAGACAAGAGCCGUGCGCCGAUCACCGCGAAACUGAUGGCGAACAUGCUCCAAACCGCCGGCUGCAACCAUGUCAUUACCAUGGAUCUCCACGCCAGUCAGAUUCAGGGUUUCUUCAAUGUCCCUGUUGAUAACUUGUAUGCCGAGCCUAGCAUGUUGAAGUGGAUCCGGGAACACUUGGAUGUGAAGAACUGCGUCAUCGUCAGUCCCGAUGCCGGUGGUGCGAAGCGUGCUACGGGGAUUGCAGACCGUCUUGACCUGCAAUUCGCUCUCAUCCACAAGGAACGUCCUCGUCCCAACGAGGUCUCGCGAAUGGUUCUCGUUGGAAAUGUCAAAGACAAAAUUGCGAUUAUUGUUGAUGACAUGGCUGAUACAUGUGGUACUCUCGUCAAGGCCGCCGACACUGUCAUGCAGCACGGUGCGAAGGAAGUCAACGCCAUUGUCGUACACGGCAUUCUCUCCGGCAAUGCCAUUGAGAACAUCAACAACAGUUGCUUGAACCGUCUCGUUGUGACCAACACAGUGCCCCACAAGGAGAAGAAGGAGAUGUGCGACAAGAUUGACACGAUUGAUAUCAGCCCUACGUUGGCGGAAGCUUGCAGACGCACACACAAUGGUGAAUCAGUCAGUUUCCUGUUCUCGCACGCAGUUGCGUAG